AUGUCGAUGCCAGAGGAGAGGAUGGAGGGUCACCGAAUUGGUUCCUUUAGGUCUCCCAAUUUGAUCAGGUCAAAAUCAACGUCAGAUCAGAAAAUUGAGCUUAACAUCAUACGCAAGUGGGGUAUUUAUAGGGUUCCCAGCAAACUCCGCAAUGUGAAUGCAGCAGCAUACACUCCUCAAUUACUUUCCAUUGGCCUCUUCCACUAUGGCAAACCAGAACUCAAGGACAUGGAGAAGCAUAAAAAAACAUACUCAGACAAUUUCAGAAAACGUUAUUGGGAAGGAAUUCGAAACGGAUGUAAACUAUCAGAGAAAGGAAAGGGGCGUAAACUAUCAGAGAAAGAUAAAGAUGAUAGCCUAAGAACACUCCUCAAGGUUUCUGAACAAAGCAUCAUUGAUUGUUAUGCUCAGUUUGAUCUUGACGUUGACCGCAAAAAAGUUGUGGAAAUAAUUCAAGUUGAUGCCUUCUUUAUAAUUGAGCUCUUUAUGAGGAACUGCGAAGUAGAAUAUCAUGAUAAGGAUUACAUAUUAAGUUCACCAUGGCUGAGGAAAGCUAUAGAGCUGGAAUUGAUACUAAUUGAAAAUCAGCUUCCUUUUUCUCUUCUUCAAGACAUAUAUAUCAAGAUGUCCCAAGCCUUUUCCAGUUCUCUUCGCCAAGAACAAGCACAAGCACACAAAGAUGAAACUGUUAUAGAUAUUGAUGAAAAAGGUAAUGAAUUUUUGGAGCUUACCUGUAAGUUUUUUGAAGAUUUCGGCCGGGUGAUCAAGGAUGCAGUACCAGAACCAAAACACUUCACUGAUUUGGUAAGACAUUUUAUGCUUCCACAUGUAGAGGAAAAAGUGACAUGGGAAGCUACCACCAAAAAUAGAUACAGUAUAACAAUGCUGACAGCGGCUCGGGUGAACUUUAUGCGAGCAGGUGAUGAAGAUGAUAAACGUCUUGUCAUAAAGAUUGAUGAUCCUCAAGCUUCUGAUGAAUGUGUUACUGAAAAAAAACCCUCUAAGCAUAAGUUAAACUUGGCAUGUUUCAAAAGUAUGAACUUGAAGCUUACUCUAUUUCGUGUAAAGGAUGACACAGAAUGCAUUAUUCGAAAUGUCAUGGCACUGGAGCAGUUUGUCUACCCAGAGGAGGCUUUUGUUUGCAAUUAUUUUUUGAUGAUGGACAAACUUGUGGACACUGUGGAAGAUGUGGAUUUUCUGGUGGAGAAAGGAGUGAUCGUCAACAUGCUAGGAAGUAACCAACAAGUGGCGCAGUUGGUUAAUAAACUUUGCGAUCAUAUCAUGGAAGAAAAAUCCUGCUAUAAUCAUAUCUGUAAAAAGCUCAAUACGCGCUACGAGAGUUCUCUUAACCGACAUUUGGUAUCCUUGAGAAAAGUUUACUUCAAGGAUGUUUGGACAGGCAGUGCAACUUUUUUUGGAGUUGUACUCGUAGUUCUCACAAUCGUUGAAAUCAUUAUGUCAUUCAGACAGUAA